ACAUGUAUUCAGGGGAAGGUUGAAACUCAGCGUGAGGGUGGUCGCUGUGGAGGUGUUACAUGGCAUGCAGAGGGGGAAAGUACACCUGGGGAAUAAAUCAGAUUAGAAAACAACAGGAACAUCCUCCCUGCUUGUAUUUUGAGAUACAUACUCAGAUAUCCAAGCUGUUUUUUAGACUAAAUUGGGCUAUAGUUGUAUUAAACUUAUGAACAUUUCUUAAAACUCUAAAGUUGAAUUGGAUUCAACCCCAUAUAUAAAGUUUGCUUCUAAAAUAAGAAAAGAAUAAUCUUCGAAACAACACUGGAACCAGGUUUCUCACACUAUAUAAAGACCUGAAGCUGUGGAGGUAGCAGAUGAUUAAUCAAAAACAUUGAGGGUUUAAUCCAUCAACCCUCUGGUAGCUCUGAAAAACUGUAUUAGUGAACCUUAAAGAUUAUUCCUUCAAAUGAUCAAGAUCUGGACUCUAAAGUCUGUAAUCCAUCAAGGGGCUCCAAAAGUCUAAUACCUCACAGUUCACAAGCAGACACAGGAUCACAUCAAAGAGAGACACUGGUAACUGUUUCAGCAUCAUGUCCAGCCGAGGAGGAAAGAAGAAGAUGACCAAGACGUCCCGGUCCACCAAGGCCGGGGUCAUCUUCCCUGUUGGGCGCAUGCUUCGCUACAUCAAGAGGGGCCUGCCCAAAUACCGCAUUGGGGUGGGCGCACCGGUCUAUUUGGCUGCUGUCCUGGAGUACCUUACUGCAGAAAUCUUGGAGCUGGCAGGAAAUGCCGCCAGAGACAACAAGAAGGGUCGCGUCACGCCUCGACACAUCCUGCUGGCCAUCGCAAACGAUGAGGAGUUGAACCAGCUGCUGAAAGGAGUGACCAUCGCAGCAGGAGGAGUCCUACCCAACAUCCAUCCAGAGCUGCUGGCUAAGAAGAGAGGAGCAAAGGGAAAACUGGAGGCACCUGUCUCACCAGCACCUGAGAAGAAACCCAAACCGGUCAAGAAGUCUACGGCCAAGAAGACGAGCGGGAGGAAGGCAGGAGGGAAGGCUAAGAAGCAGGGCGAGGUGAGCAAGGCGGCGUCUGCAGACAGCACCACAGAGGGAUCUCCAGGUGACAGCUUCACUGUGCUCUCCACCAAGAGCCUCUUCCUGGGUCAGAAGCUCAACCUAAUCCACAGCGAGGUCAGUAACUUGGCUGGCUUUGACGUGGAGGGGGUCAUCAACCCCACCAGUGCUGAACUUGAACUUAAAGAUGAUCUAGGUGCUGCUCUGGAAAAGAAGGGAGGGAAGGAGUUUGUUGACGCGCUGCAGGAGCUGAAGAAGAAGAACGGCCCCCUAGAUGUGGCUGGUGCUGUCCUGACCGGCGGCUUCGGUCUGCCUGCGAAGUACGUCAUCCAUUGUAACAGUCCGGGCUGGGGCUCUGAUAAGUGUGAGGAGCUGCUGGACAAGACGGUGAAGAACUGCCUGGCUCUGGCUGAUGAGAAGAAGCUCAAGUCUGUGGCUUUCCCAUCAAUCGGCAGCGGGAGGAACGGUUUCCCUAAGCAGACAGCGGCCCAGCUGAUCCUCAAGGCCAUCUCCAGCUACUUUGUGUCCACCAUGUCUUCCACCAUCAAGACCGUCUACUUCGUGCUGUUCGACAGCGAGAGCAUCGGGAUCUACGUGCAGGAAAUGGCCAAACUGGAGACGAGCUAAAAGAAUCUGGAGUGUGUUGGAGUAUUCACCUCCUCCCCCCCCUGUUCUCACCUCCCUUUGUUUUUCCUGACAGGAUAUAGGAAGGUGUUUAUUAGUGGUUAUAUAUGAAGAGAAAAAAGAAGAAGAAUCUUUCUAUAGGCCGGGAACUUGUUUUUGCAUUAUGUUUGUUUUUUCUUAUAUUGUUUUUAAUUUCUUAUUUACUUAUCACUUCUGAUAUUUCAAUCUAAAAGUGCACUGUUCAUCCUGCGGUCUUUUAAUACAAACAGUGCAUACACGAAACAGAUUAAGUAAGAUGACUUAAAGAUUUAAUUUUCAUUACUAAAGAUGUUCUAUGAGAGAGAUAGCUUCACCUCAAUUACCAGGCUUCCAGAGAAGUCUGAAGAAUACGGGUUAAUGCAUGCAAAGCAGUAAAGAUAGCAAAAACAGCUAUUCUCCUUUUAUUUCAGCUCAGAACACACGACAAGACUCAGCGUUUUACUGCGCUUGGAUAGUUUCUGUUGUUGGUCGUGUUGGUUUUUGGUCUUUAGGAAACCGAUAUAAUGGAACUUUGGGACGAGUUUUUGUUUUAGUGAUGUGCAAUGCAAAAGGUUUGUUUACUUGUGUGCUGCAGAGACCUUGAGUUUCCAUUAAACAUAAUGAGUGAGAAGUGGAUCAAUUCAAGUCAUGCUUCUGUCUACAUAUUCUGUACUCAGCACCAUGCAUGAGGACUGUAAACUGAUGCUCAUCGUUUACAGUCAGAGUUAAUCAUGAGGAAUGGAACGAGUUGAGUGGAGACUGCAGGUUUUUGCAGGGCACAAAUGGUUUAUAUUGUGUGUUCCUAUCUGUGUUUCUAUAGAUGGAGUAUUUGUGAAAUGUUCUAGUGAAAUACUGGGCUGUAACAAAGUCAUAUUCUUAUUUUCUAUUAUAAUUUUCACACUGAUACUAAAAGAUGGUCAGGACGCUAAAAAGAAAAAGUUGUUUCAGAUGAUUUUUCUGUGUUUUGUCUUUGUUAAGCCAUAAAAAACAUGUACUCACGUUUGCUGGAAAUAGAGGUCCUCUGUGCGGAUACUUUGGUGUGCUCUUUCAGUCAGCAGCCACCAGAUGGCGCCCAGUGAUCAAGAAUUGGAGUUUCCAUUGGAGCCAUUUUCUGUGCCGCAGCAGGCCUCUCCACACAGACGCUGGUCGAUUUGAGUUUGAUUUGAAUUGGGACUGAUGGACGGACGCGAGUAGCCCGACUGCUCUGCUGCAUUUGGACUUUUCAAAAGCCUACCUUUCUUAUGAGAAAAAAAAUGUAAAUUGCUUUCUAAAGAAUUGCUACAAUUGAUGAUUCUACAAAAGGUCUGUACACACUCCGGUAAUAAAAUACCUUUAAAACAACA